AACUCCUCUCCUUAGUCCCCUCCUCCCUCCCACCCCCAUUCACCUCUUUUCCUGUCAUCACAGAGUCAGACUAAAGAAGGAAGGUUACUCAUCUUUAGAGAACGCAAACUCCAGCCGUGGGGUUGGGUGUGGGUGUGGGAAGGGAGAGUCUGUGAGUCUGCGAGUUGGGGGAGUCCGGGGAUAGCUGAGUUGGGGGCGAGCUGAGCAUUGCGCGGUCCUUUGGUGUCCCCAGGGGCCGCUGUAGCCGCUGCUUCAGCUGGAUAGAGGACUGAAGGAGCCCAGCCCGGGCCGAGUGGAGUGGACUCUAGCUGAAUAAAGGGAAAGAAGGAGGGGAUGAAGGUACUCGAGGUGGGAUCUAGGGACUGAGGGCCUCGGUGGGGUUGAUUGCUCCCCCCAGUCCCCGACGUGGGCAUCGGGGCUGGAUUUCCCCCAGCUCCUGCCCCCUUUUUUGCGUGGAAACGCGCUUCCUCUUCCGUCCUCCCCCUACCCUCCUCCUCCUUCUCGAGAUCCCAGAGGUAAAGUCCCGGCAGGGGAAACUCGGAACUUGUCACUCCUCAACAGCGCCUAUCGGGAGAGACUCAUUCCUUGGUUGCCCCCCAGGUGGGGACAUCCCGAGAGCUGAGGUGCUGCUAGCGGCGAGGGGAGGGAGUUGCCCCCAAGAAGCUCGAACGACUUCAGGAAGCUGGAUAAGAGUUUCGGGUCCUCUUAGUCAGCUGCUGUCUGUUGGGAGUCAGACUCCCGGGGGUGGAGGGUGGCAGAAGCUUCCCCAAGUCGUCAGCUAGUCCUGGGCUUAUUUCGGGGAAAUGAGGAAACCAGACGUGAAGAUUGUGCUGCUAGGGGACAUGAACGUCGGCAAGACGUCGCUGUUACACAGGUACAUGGAAAGGCGCUUCCAAGAAACUGUCAGCACGGUCGGGGGAGCCUUCUACCUGAAGCAGUGGCGAUCCUAUAACAUUUCCAUCUGGGACACUGCAGGAAGGGAGCAAUUCCAUGGUCUUGGGUCUAUGUACUGCAGAGGAGCUGCCGCUAUUAUUCUCACCUAUGAUGUGAACCACCUGCAGAGCCUCAUUGAACUGGAAGACAGGUUCUUAUCUCUGACAGACACAGCCAGCACGGACUGCCUCUUUGCCAUUGUGGGGAACAAGAUCGAUCUCAUUGAUGAUGUCGGUGGGGAGGAUGGUGCAGAAGGUCUGAAUGAGCCUGGAAAGGCCACUGGCAGCUGUAACUCGGCCAGAGCCCCGAAGCGAGUUUGUCUGGAUGACGCCAUGGCUCUUUAUAAGAAGAUUCUGAAAUACAGAAUGUUAGAUGAAAAGGAGGUGCCAGCUGCUGAAAAGAUGUGCUUUGAGACUAGCGCAAAGACAGGCUACAAUGUGGACUAUGUGUUUGAAACCCUGUUUGAUAUGGUAGUACCAGUGAUUUUGCGCCAAAGAGCUGAAGGACCUUCACAGACUGUGGAUAUUACUCAUUACAAACCAGCAAAACAGACCCAAUCUAGAUGCUGUGUCUGAACCAUCAAAUGUGUUCUUUUUAGACUUUCAAACUGUUUAAAAAAAAAAGAAGAAGAAAGAAAGAAAGAAAGCUUCCAGUGAAAUUAAUUGAGCUUUGGAUAGGAAAAAAAAAAAGGGAGAAUUUAAGGAACUGAUACUUAGAAUCAUGCUUAGUGCAAGAGCUCCAUGGAGAGACAGUUAUUCAUGAAGAAAGUUCUGUGAACUUUUAUCUUAUUAUGUGGGUUAUCAAGUGGAAAAUUUAUUAGGAAUUAUUUGUGAUAAUAGAUUUGCAGCAUUAGGCAAUUGACCAUUCCAUGGUUUUCACUUCAUAGUGGAUCUAACAUUUCUUCUCUAAACCAAGGUUCUGAUAUUUCUCCCUUUGAUUGUACAAAGACAAAUUGCCAAAGCAUGUGAAUUGUCCUUGAACCUUCUGUUUCUGUCAAGUUGCACUUUUUAUAAAUAUUAUUUUAAAACA